CCAACCUGUCUCCCUGUGUAUUUCUUCCAAUCUUGUUGUGUACAUUUUGUAUACAAAAUUCGCAAUUUAUUCCUUAAUUUCGGGUGAGGUUAAGAAAUUCGUUAAUUAUCAAUGAUAAAAUUAAAAUCGUUGUCUUCUUUAAUUAGAAUGUAAUCGAGAUUAUUAACGAUUAUUUAAGUGAAGUGGAAUAGUGUUAAAUUAUUUUUUUGAAGGAAUAAUAAACAUGGCUGCUGCUGCGGCUGCCGCCUUGCUCGAUGAGCUUAUGGGAAGAAAUAGAAAUAUUCUUCCUAAUGAAAAACCAAAAGAACUUAACUGGGAGGAUUCGGAGUUUUGUAAACUUUAUCUUGUCAAAUUUUGUCCACACGAUUUAUUUGUCAACACUCGAGCUGAUUUAGGAGCUUGUGCUCGUGUUCAUGACGAUGAAGCUCGUGAAUUAUAUGAAAAAGCACCAUAUUCUUAUCGAAAACAACAAUAUGAGGAUGAAUUUAUUCGCUUUUGUCAAAGUAUGCUUAAUGAGGUGGAAAGGAAAAUUGUCAAAGGAAAACAGAGGCUAGCGCUUAUUGGAAAAACAGAAGCUCCAACUUUGACGCCAGCACAAACGCAGAGAAAUGAAGAGCAAAUAACAUUACUCACCGAAAAAAUUAAUAAAUUGGUCGAAGAAGCGGAGCAAAGUGGAAUUCAAGGAAAUGUUGAACAGGCUCAGGGACUUAUGCGUCUUUGUGAUCAACUCAAAGAAGAACGGGAAACUCUUCGUAAAUCCAAUGAUAAUAGUCAUUAUAAUCAGACUGCUGAAUUAGCAGCAGCUCAGGAAAAACAAAUGGAGGUUUGUGACGUAUGUGGUGCCUUUCUUAUUGUUGGAGACGCUCAACAACGAAUAGACGAUCACUUAAUGGGCAAACAACACGUAGGCUACGCAAGAUUGAAAAGUGCUCUUCAAGAAAUUGUGACCAAACGGGAAAAAGCGAGGGACGAAAAGGAGCAGAAACGAGACGAGGAAAGAAGGAAAGUUCGCGAAAAUGAAGACGGUCAAAGAAAGAGAAGAGAUGGUGAAAGAGAUCGUGAUCGAGAAAGGGACAGAGAUAGGGAUAGAGAAAGAGAUAGAGACAGAGAAAGAGUUGACAGGGACAGGGAUCGGGAUAGGGAUAGAGAAAAGCGACGCAGAAGAGAUGAUGAUAAAACUAGACACGAUUCCAUGAGUCAAAGGAAUUCUCAUCGAAGUAGGAGUAAAUCGAAGGAUAAACACGAAAGACAUAAUAGAGAAGACGAUCAUCGACGUCAUGCACGGGACAAAGGAAAUCGUGAUCAACGAAAUGUCAAUCACCACAAUAAUCGACGUCGCCAUAGAUCUGGGAGUCGAAGUCACAAGUAACUCUACUCUUGAUUGGUUAGUGAGUGAGAAGUAUGCCAGAAUUGAGCCGGAAUUGGAGAAAAAAACAUGGUUCAGUUCAAGAAAAUAAAAGUCGUUUCCCACAACUUAAAUAUAUUUUUUAAGGUAAAAAUUUUGCAUAAACCUUAACAAAAAAAAUUGUAGGCUAAUUUUUUUUUUUUUGUAAAAAGUCAAAACGAGGACAUUAUUGAAUUGUUUUACAAAAAAAAGAAUCAUAUUAUAUUCAAAUUGAUGGUAAAGUGAUUAAUUUUCGAUUUCAAGAAACAAUUGUAACAUCUUGAAUAUUGUUAUCAUCAUUAUUCAAUAAAAUAGAAAUUCGCGUAGUACGCGUAACUUCUAAGAAAA